AUGGCUCCCAGAGGAUUCGAGGAUGAGGAGUUGACAAUGUCACUCUCAUCCCAAGUUCGCCGAAAACACACCGGUACCGGAAGGUCUCACGACCACGACGGUACAGAUCCGCAUGCCCAGCCACGGAGGACCAACAGCCCUAGAGGUCCCCUUCGCGAAAAGAUUAAGACCGAGCAACGCAUCGGCGCCUACAGGCCCAUCAGGACCCUUGGAGAGGGGUCCUUCGGAAAAGUCAAACUCGCCGUCCACAUACACACUGGUCAGCAGGUCGCUCUCAAGAUCAUUGCCCGGAAGAAGCUCAUCAGCAGGGAUAUGGCUGGGCGGGUCGAGCGAGAGAUCGAAUAUCUCCAACUUCUGCGCCAUCCCCACAUCAUCAAACUAUACACAGUCAUCAAGACCCCGACCGAGAUCGUCAUGGUGUUAGAGUACGCCGGCGGCGAAUUGUUUGAUUACAUUGUGCAGAAUGGCCGCAUGAAAGAGGCUGAGGCGAGACGCUUCUUCCAGCAGAUGAUAUGUGCUGUCGAGUAUUGCCAUCGCCACAAGAUCGUCCACCGAGAUCUGAAACCGGAGAACCUCUUGCUCGACGACAAUCUCAACGUCAAAAUUGCCGAUUUCGGUCUCAGCAACAUUAUGACAGACGGGAAUUUCCUAAAGACUAGUUGUGGAAGUCCCAAUUAUGCUGCACCAGAAGUUAUCGGUGGAAAGCUCUACGCCGGACCCGAAGUGGACGUCUGGAGUUGCGGUGUGAUUCUCUACGUUUUGCUCGCCGGACGGUUACCUUUCGACGACGACCAUAUCCCAAGCCUCUUUGCUAAGAUCGCAAAGGGAUCCUAUACGAUACCCCAGUGGAUGGCACCCGGUGCCGUCAAUCUCAUCAAGAGGAUGUUGGUCGUCAACCCUGUCCAACGAAUCACCAUCGAGCAGAUCAGAGAAGACCCGUGGUUCAUGACGGAUCUCCCUCAAUAUCUUCAGCCCACGGUCGAAGAGUUCCUGAACACCGGUGUCGAUCCGAACAAGGCUAUUAAGAAGAGCGAUAUCGCGCCCGGUGCUCCCCCUAAGGUCCAGGAAAUGCUCCACGAGGAGGUCACCAACAAAAUCAGCAAGACCAUGGGCUACGGGAAGAAGGAUGUCGAGGAGGCCCUGGAGUCUGAGGAGCCGUCGACCAUCAAGGAUGCCUACAUGAUUAUUCGUGAGAACAAGCUGAUGGAAGUGAAUCAAACCGCAACCAGCCCCUUGCCCUCGAUGUCAUCUGCCCGCUCAACAGCCUCAUCUGUCCCGACGCCCAGACCCUAUACCAACAAAGUUGGUAUCUUGCCGAGUAGCUUGCCAGCUUACCACAAGGACUUCAUCGAGAGAGCAAAGGCAGGAGUAGACGACAGUCCUUCCCCACCUGAUAAACUCGAGGAACCAUCGAGAGCUCGCCCGGAGAACGUCAAGGAGGAGACGGCCCGACGUCUCAACCCACAUUCACGAACCAGUCAGAUUCGCCUUGAGGAGGCGAGCGGGCGGCCACACAGCCUCACCCCCGUCAAUCCUCCCAAGAAGCAGAAGCCGGUGCGGUGGCAGUUCGGCAUCCGAUCGCGUAGUGCGCCGUGGGAAGCACUGCUUUGCAUCCACAAGGCUCUCCACAAGCUCGGCGCGACGUAUCUGCCCGAUGAGGACUAUGACAAAGUCCAUGCGCAAGAAAGCGAGGAUGAUCGGGCGGAUGGUGAGAGUUUGCAAAGCGCGGAUGGGAGCUUCGCUGACGACUACAAUGGAGCUCCUCUACGGAGAUACGAUCAUUCGGCGAGCAGCACGGAUCCCUCACGGCGAUAUAAGCUGCCAGCCGAUCCAUGGCGGAUCAAAGUUCGCUGGGAAACAGGCACCCUCGGGAAAAGUGCGUUCCCUAGGACGGAUGACCAAGAAAGUGCGCGAGAUCCGGGAGCCUUCGUGGCUAUGCACCUUGACAUUCAGAUAUACGACAUGGAGCCCUCCGGAUUCUUGGUCGACUUCAAGUGCUCCGGAUACGAGACACAUGACAGGAGACUUCUGGACGACAAAGAGGUUAUGAGUCCUUUCCCGUUCCUGGACAUGGCUGCUCGUUUGAUAAUGCAACUCGCCGAAUCCGGUGACUAA